AAGUUACAAACCCUGGACGGGAUUGCCAGUCCACAACAUAUUGGGUAUUUUACAAUCACCAAUCACUUAAUUAAAAUCAACUUAUAAAACACUUUUGCUGGACCUGACUAAGAUGCUAUGAAACUCCAACUCAAGGUGUUAAACGUCGAGCAGAAAGAUCAUCCAUCCACCUUUGUAACCAGCUGGGUCCAAUUUCAGGAUUGCUGGAAGCUUCAUGAUGGCCGAAUUGAGCAAUCAGGGACAAACCAACAUAUUUGGCUAUUUCAGAAUCAUUUAUUACGUGAUGGUAUAUUCAACUUUUAAAGGUCACAGAACAAAUUAAAAUAUAUGUAAGCUAACAUCCUGUGUCCCGGAAAUAUCGUGUGAGACAAAAAACAACCCUGGUGAAUACACUGACACAUUUAUUCACUAAUGUACAUCGGGCUUCGCAUAGUCAAUGACGCUAUGAACAGCUGAAGUCACUAUUUUUCUGCAAGAUGUUCAGGUAACUGCGCGUCUUCUUGGAAAUCAAUCAUAUCGCUUUAGUCAGCUCUAUUUAAAUGGAACUCUUAGUGUGUUAAAGCAGUCGGUCAUUAGUUAUUCUUCGUUCUUGAGUUCACUUGGAAGUGAUGACAACUGUUGUUUGAAACCAGAUGCCCCAUGUGAAAGACAUAUGCGUCUCGCCUCGGCAGGCACCCAACACGGACCCUUUAUUUCGCAAGGCUUGUUUUACCAGCCGACUCCUUUUCAUGGAAACUCCCAGCGCCCGUUCGUCGUUGCCGUGACAACGAGACUCCGUGUUUCAGAUUGCCGCUUUGCCACGCUGAGCUGCGAGGGCGGCACUUGUUUUGCGGAUUUUUUCAGGUAACGCCGUUGAUCACGAGCAGUGAAAAACACGCGGAUGAACAUGAACAGAUCACACGGCUUGGUAAAGUCGCCGAGGCAUCCAUCGAAGAUAUCGGGACAGCUUGAAGUUUUGAGUCCUGAAGAUGGAAUCAUCGUGGGACAGCUAGGAAUAAAGGCACGAAGGACCUCAUCUGAUGGCCCACUGUUGUCUCUAAAGGGAUCUGUAAAUGGCAGUCUACAAGUGCUUGAUGACAGGGAUGGUGUUCUAGUUGAGCAGUUACACACAGUGUCACGGGCAAGAAGCAGUGCAUCCAGGAAGAACUCAGAAGGCAGAAUGACCCACACACCCACAAAGCAGAUUUCAUUAAACGCACCAAAGGUUCCAUCUGACAUCUGCUUGAGAGACGCCGAGAAGCCUCUAAACAUGAAGCAGUCGGUUCAGACGCGUAACAAAGCUAUACUGCCUCCACACGUCCCAGGAGAUGCAGCAUCUGAUCUGCAUGGAAGCCAAAGCGAAACAGAGCAGAAAAUGAGUAUCUGCAAGGUCAUGAAGGGGCAGCCUAUGGAGUCAGAGAUAAACGAUGAAAAACCUGAAGAUUCUGUGGGCAGCAUCGAGCCAGUCGUUCUCUCACCCUCUGUGAACAUGUCUUCUCCAGUGAAUGUCACAAACAUUUCAACAAAAUCCCCUGGAAGUGAUGAAGGAGAAACUGACAGCACUGCAGACAGUGAGGAAGAGGAGGAGGCAGACAGUGAAGAUGAAGACAGAAAAGCUCCUAUAGAACUGCUGGGGGAGUUUCUUCAUGCAGUAAUGAAUGAAAAUUACACCUUGGCUAAUAAGCUGUGCCAAAUGAUUCUUAUUUAUGAAGCUGACAACCCAGAGGCCAAACAAUUUAUUCCACUCAUCGAGGCGAAGUUACUGAUAGAGCAAGAGCAGGAUGAACAUGAAAGCACAGAUGAAUCCAGUAGUGAAGACAGUGAUGAUGACAGCAGCACCGAAAGUGACAGCAGCGUCAGUGGGGACAGUUCAGAUGAAGACUCUGACACUUCGGAGGGUGAAGCUGACGAUGACACACAAGAGGCUUAAGGAAAUGCACAGUGUUAUUUCUUUUUCUCAUACUUCUUGUUGAAUAAAACCAGCACAGCAUUUGCUUCCUAUUGUACCUGACAGUCUGGGCUGACCGCCAGCUCUAAGUGACCCUGAGGUGGACUAAGAAGGGGAGAAUUGAUGGCUGGUUUGGAUCCAUGUUUUAAUCCAGUGUUUGACCCACGCAGUAGGAUGGACUGACGACUAAUAUCAGUGGUGAGACUCGGCCAAAGUGUUGGACUGGAAAACACCAGGCUGUCCAUGCCGUCCUACCCAGUGACCCGUUUAAGACCCCAAGUGAUUCACGUCACCAGCCUGUGCUCUAUUUGUGUAGUAAUGCAUACACUACUGUACUUGGCCUUGUAAGCCACUUUGGAGUGAAGUUACAGCAGUAAAUAAAUUCAGUGUACGUUACUCAA